ACGAAUAAAAAUUGAAAAUUAAAAAAUCAUCCAAGGAAAUGGUAAAAAAUUCACUUGUCGUUUUAAGUUAGCAAUUUGCAAUUUAUGCAAAAGUGUCGACCUCUGUUAACUCUAUUGGAUAUAUUGUCAUAGAGUAACCAUUUUUAACCAUUCACGGAUGCUCUACCCGAUUCUUCAAUAACCGACUUGCGCUUGCAGACAGAGUAUCAAAUUGUCUCAACAGCUUUUCAUCAAAUUUAAUUUAUUUGGAGUUAGAGUAUUGGAUAAAAUUGAUUAAUGUGGUGAUUUCUUGAAUUAUGUUAUUACCUGUGCAUCUUGUGAAGAUUAAUUUUAACCAAAUACCUAGUUGAAACCUGAUUUCUGAGUCUUAAGAGUCAAUCAGCCAUCAAACCAUCAGCGAGCAGCCAGGCUCAGCCUCACCAAAAUGGCGGAUGGUAAAGCAAAUGAGAAAGAUGUUAAUACUGUUCUCGCAACUCCAGGCCAAGGACCUGAGCGACCUGUAUCUAUUACAUAUACAAAUUCAAAGAUAAUUGGCAAUGGCUCGUUUGGUGUUGUGUAUUCGGCAAAACUCGCCGAUACUGGCGAAAUGAUAGCCAUAAAAAAAGUGUUACAAGACAAGAGGUUCAAAAAUAGAGAGCUUCAAAUUAUGCGUAGACUGGACCAUUGUAAUAUCGUGAAAUUAAAAUACUUCUUUUAUACAUCUGGGGACAAGGUAAAGAAAGACGAAAUUUAUUUAAAUUUGGUUUUAGAAUACAUCCCUGAAACGGUUUAUCGAGUUGCAAGGCAUCACAGUAAACAGAAGGUCCAUAUAGACAUGUCACUCAUUAAGCUGUACAUGUAUCAACUAUUCAGAAGUUUAGCAUACAUCCAUUCUUUAGGAAUUUGUCAUCGCGAUAUUAAACCACAAAACCUGCUUUUACAUCCAGAGACUGGUGUAUUGAAGCUAUGUGAUUUUGGAAGUGCAAAACAUCUUGUCGUUGGUGAACCAAAUGUUUCCUACAUUUGUUCUCGCUAUUAUCGAGCUCCGGAGCUGAUAUUCGGUGCUACAGAUUACACAACUAUGAUAGACGUUUGGUCUGCUGGCUGUGUAUUAGCUGAAUUGCUCCUUGGGCAGCCUAUUUUUCCAGGCGACUCUGGUGUUGACCAGCUUGUUGAGAUAAUCAAAGUCCUUGGCACUCCGACGAAAGAGCAGAUAAAGGAGAUGAAUCGCAAUUAUACAGAAUUCAGAUUUCCUCAGAUUAAAGCUCAUCCUUGGCAAAAGGUUUUCAGAGUUCGAACACCACCCGAUGCAAUCGAUCUAGUUUCCAAAUUACUAGAGUAUACACCUUCGCAACGGAUAACGCCUUUACAAGCUUGUGCUCAUCACUUUUUUGAUGAAAUACGAGAUCCUAAUUUCAGACACUACCCUAAAUCUGGUGACUUACCCCCGCUUUUCAAUUUUACUGAACAUGAAUUGAAAAUUCAGCCUUCGCUGAAUUCAAAACUCAUACCUCCCCAUGUACGAGGGACUGGUGGUCUACCAGUGUCAACUUCUGGUUCAACCAUGUCGACAUCCUCAAGCAAUGCGGAAAUCACAUCAAACGACUCAAGUAGUGUAUCCACAGUUAUGACUAACAUACCCACCAGUACAAGCUCUCAAGAACUAAAUCCCAGUGGUGAUGCUUCCUCAAAAUCAUCAUAAUUAUCAUAAAACCACUAUCACUAUCACUAUCACCACCAGUUUUCAUCAUCUUUCUCAUCAAUUUCAUCAUCAAUCAUCAUUCGUCAUCACCAUUGUUACCAUCAGCAACAAAUAUAUACAAGGAAUCAAGAUAUAAAUUCCCACAUUGGUAAUAACGCUUUGGGUGCCAACGAGUAAUUAAAAUAAUGAUCCGAAAUUUGAUAAAAUGCCUUUGCACGCAUUUUAAUCUCCUUUUUUCUCUCUGCCCUUUUUUUCUUCCUAUUUCUCUUUCUGUCUCUUUUUUUUCGCCUUCCCUUUCUCUCUUUCUCUCCUCUGUUGCGUUACACUAAAUUUACAAAAACAAUGAAAAAAAUCUAACGGCUUGACGAAGAUAUAAUUAUAAUAACUUAAUUAAAGAGCAAGGAACAGCCGAUUCUGUAGAUAAUUAUACAUACACUUAUAUAUAUAUUAUACUUAUGACACUCACUCACCUUAUGCAUGAAAUUGCAUAUUAUAACUUUGAAAAUACAUGUUGAAUCGGAAAACCCCAAACGAAUCUUGAUUGAUUAAUAUUAAUCUCUGCAAAUGUCGUUACAAUUGUUCUUGGGCUGCUUUUAAUAGGGUAACCGUAAUUAUUGAUGAGAUUUUCAUCGGUUGCUGAUGAUUAGUUUACUGUCCAUUAAUUGAUUAUACUCUAGUCUAGUCCCUUGAACAUUGUACUCAUCGCUUACCCUUCAUUAACAUCAUCAUCAUCACCAUAAUAAUUUCUCAUCAUCUUUCUUCAUCCCGAUCAUCAUCAACAUCAAAAAAGUGGAGAUUUUAACUGAAAUUGUGAAUUUAGGUAAAACUUGAAGUCAUACGCAAGAAUCAGAUUAACAUUGGUAAACAAAAAAUUAUGUUAAUCACUCUUUUUUUGUCUAAUUAUUUAUAAAGUCAUGCAAAAUGUCAUCAAAUUGACUAAUUGGAAAGGACUUUACAGUAAUUUGAAAGCUUUAAACAUACACGAGAAAACAACAAAUAUUGAUUAAUGAGACCAGCUUGUGAAUGAAACUGCCAACAAUCAAGAUGUCAUGUUUAAUUAUGAAUACAAAAAGUCACCUUUUUACCGUUUAUCCUUUAUUUUGGAUGAUUUCCUUUAACAAUUUACCGAAAUCAACAAUUCUGAUGACAAUAAUAGAAGAAAAAAUCAAAUACCAAAAGUCGAGUUUGUUGAGACUGAUGAUUUGUUUAAAUCAUUUGUUUUCCUUCAUAUGAGUUGAACGUCCAUUUUGUGUCCACAAAUCUGCAGGUUGAUCACUUUAAUAUUAUUACUAUUAUGAUUAUUAUUAUUACUAUUAUUAUUAUCUUUAUUAUUGUUAUAAUUACUGUUAUUAAUAACACACAAUUUGAUGGAUUCAUUGGGAUUGUUUCGAUGAAAAACAAAAGGCCAUGAUUUUGAGCUGAUAAACCCAUCCUUAUAUCAAUCCCAUUCACUCAACAUAAUCUAUCUUAAUAAAGAUAGUAACGAUCACC